AGUCUUCCAGUCGACUUGUUCCCUCCUCGACAAUACUUCGUUCUCACAGAAGCAGGAAAACCCGUCUUCGUCAGGUGUGCCUUUGGCACAGACGAUAGCCCGGAACUGACGGCAACCAUGGGCAUCAUGCAAGCGCUCAUCUCCAUAUUCGCUGACGACAAUGACAAGCUACGAUGCAUUAAUUGUGGAAAGUUACGCAUCACAUUCCUCUUGAGACCCCCGCUAUACUAUGUAUGCGCAUCGAGUUGGGGGGAGCCUGAGUCUAUUACGCGCUCGCACCUUGAGUACCUCCACUUGCAGAUCCUGAGCGUUGUGAGCCUGGCACAGCUUCGGAGGAUAUUCGAGCGACGGAACAACUUCGACCUUCGACGAUUACUCGACGGCGCCGAGAAUCUUCUUCACUCACUACUGGCCCGCGUCGACGAAGACUUCGCGAUGACGAUGUCGGCCUUGCACGUGCUCAAAGUCGAUGAUAGGCUUCGGAAACGUGCUGGCGAAAGUUUACAACCGCCCUCGAAGCUAAAACGAGAUAUACUGUAUAUCAUCGUCAUAGCUAACGGACGCGUCGUGACUGUCGCAAGACCUAAGAAACAUUCGAUUCAUCCCUCCGAUCUCCAUAUCCUCCUCAACACUCUGCAUUCCCCGUCAAUUCUCAACUCUUCAGCAUCGGCCAGCUGGCUCCCCGUUUGCUUGCCGAAGUUCAAUCCUUCCGGGUUUGCCAACGUAUACGUGUCACGUCAACGUGGUGACUUCGAGACGGGUACCGGUGUAGCGCUGGUCUGUGUCAGCGCCGGUGGCGAUUUUGAGGCGAUCCGGGGGUGGUGUGAUCUCAUCGCCAAGAAAUUGACCGACGACAACGUUGUCGCUGGGAUCAGCAAGUCCAUACAAACCGGGACCGUGCGGUACUCCGUAGCCGAGCUCAGUAUCCCUGGCUUGCGUCAUUUUGUGUACAAGAGCCGCUUGCAUGUGCAGGUCACGGUCCCGAUGUACGAAGAUCCGUAUGAUGUGGUUGAGAAUCGCAGACGUCUGGUGACGUUGUAUCAGGCCGUACAUGAUAACAUCCACGCGAAAUCUGGUCAAAAGGGGCAGCUGAAGUUGCAAUACUUGCUAACAGAGAAGGAAAGCAUCAUGGGAUGGAUUACUCAGCCGUUCGAGCUGUAUAUCGCCAUGUCACCGCUCGUACCCAAGAGCGCGGUGAUCAAUGCAGCGAACGCCGUUGCGCGCUGGGUGAAGCGAGAGGAAGGCAAGCUGUUCUUGAGGAAUGCCCCAGUAUUCUGA